ACAUUUUACUUGCGACAUUUUAAGUAUAUGGCCGCACUGAGAUGUUGUUGUUGUUGUUUUUCACAACGCUGAUGUAUUUUAGCGCGUUUGAUUGUAAAAGCUUUGUUUUCAUGCUGCCGUAAAUAAUUUAAUGAACAAUCCGCAGGCUAUAUUUGUGUAAUUAAACAUCACUACCGAUUAUUUGAAAAACAUAUUUUUUACAAACUAGAUAACUUGCUUUACUUCGUGCAGUACUCGGAAAAAAGUUAGUUUUUUAUUCAGCUUUAACCGACGACAAAGUAAAAGAAAUGAGAGGAAGUUCCUCAUAUGGAGACAGAGACAGAGAUCGAGGACGGGAUAGAGGGCCUCGCUUUGGUUCUAGUCGAGUUGUCCCACCACCGAAGAAGUUUGGAAAUCCGGGAGAUCGGCUGAGGAAAAAGAAAUGGGACCUGGACCAACUGCCUAAGUUUGAGAAGAACUUCUACAAUGAAAAUCCAGAGGUUCAUCACAUGAGUCAGUAUGAUGUAGAAGAAUAUCGCAGGAAGCGAGAGAUCACCGUCAGAGGCUCUGGCUGUCCAAAGCCUGUCACCAACUUCCAUCAAGCUCAGUUUCCUCAGUAUGUAAUGGAUGUGCUUCUGCAGCAGAACUUUAAAGAGCCCACUGCUAUCCAGGCUCAAGGUUUUCCUCUAGCUCUUAGUGGCAGAGACAUGGUGGGCAUCGCUCAAACUGGCUCUGGAAAGACACUGGCUUAUCUGUUGCCUGCCAUUGUGCACAUUAACCAUCAGCCAUAUCUGGAAAGAGGGGACGGGCCCAUCUGUCUUGUGUUAGCACCUACACGUGAAUUAGCUCAGCAGGUGCAGCAAGUUGCUUUUGACUAUGGCAAAUCAUCCCGGAUCAAGAGUACCUGUGUGUAUGGAGGAGCCCCUAAAGGGCCACAGAUCAGAGAUUUAGAAAGAGGUGUUGAGAUAUGCAUUGCCACGCCUGGCCGUCUGAUUGACUUCCUGGAGGUUGGAAAAACCAACCUGCGCCGUUGCACCUACCUGGUGCUGGAUGAAGCUGAUCGUAUGUUGGACAUGGGAUUUGAACCCCAAAUACGCAAAAUUGUUGACCAAAUUAGACCUGACCGACAGACUCUAAUGUGGAGUGCUACCUGGCCUAAAGAAGUGCGGCAGCUGGCUGAAGAUUUCCUCCAUGACUAUGUCCAAAUCAAUAUAGGAGCUCUAGAACUGAGUGCGAACCACAACAUCCUGCAGAUAGUGGAUGUUUGCAUGGAAAAUGAAAAAGACAGCAAGCUGAUUCAACUGAUGGAGGAAAUCAUGGCUGAAAAGGAGAACAAAACCAUCAUCUUUGUCGAGACGAAGAAACGUUGUGAUGAACUGACUCGCAGGAUGCGGAGAGAUGGGUGGCCUGCAAUGUGCAUUCAUGGUGACAAGAGCCAGCCAGAGAGGGACUGGGUACUAACAGAGUUUCGCAGUGGAAAAGCUCCAAUUUUGAUUGCCACUGAUGUCGCCUCACGGGGUCUAGAUGUGGAGGAUGUCAAAUUUGUCAUCAAUUAUGACUAUCCAAACUCCUCUGAGGAUUAUGUUCACCGAAUUGGGCGGACAGCCCGUAGCACCAACAAAGGUACAGCCUACACCUUCUUCACGCCUGGAAACCUUCGCCAGGCUCGCGAUCUGGUUCGGGUUCUUGAGGAGGCUAGACAGGCCAUCAACCCCAAACUACUGCAGCUUGUGGACACAGGCCGUGGAGGAGGUGGAAGGAUGCGUUACCGUGGCAACAAUUCAAGCUCAAAUAAUCCCAACCUGAUGUACCAGGACGAAUGUGAUCGACGCAUGCGCUCUGGAACUGGGGUGAACAAAGGCGGCCGCAGCAACAACAACUUUAGCCGUGACGGAAGAUCAGGUGGGAGCAAUCGUGACGAGCGCAUGUCCUCUUACAGGGACCGCAGCAGAGAUGGCCGAAACAACUACAACUCAGGACCCUCUUAUAAUAACGGAGGAGGAGAGCAGUUUCAGAGCUAUGGGGGUGGAGGAGGAGGAGAGCAGUAUGGCUCCAGAGUAGCACCCUCACAUCCAACUGGGGGUGCAGCAGGGCAAGAUCAGCCUGGACCUCCACAAGGUUUGUUUGGAGCGCCACCUCUAAAUCCACCUCAGCCUGGGCCAGGUUCAGGUCCAGGUCCACAACCACUUAUGUCCCAGCAGUUCCCUCCUCCACCGCAACCUAUGAUGGGCUUCAUGGGUCCUGGCCCAUACCCAUUUGGCUCACCACCACCCCUUCCUCCUCCUCCCAGAAAGUAGCAUCUAUAAGCAUCAGAUUUGUUUUCUUGUUGUAAUAGUUCCAGUAGGAACAUUUGAAUAUGGAUGUGUUCUACAUGCUGUGCUUUGCAUUGUGUUGUUGUAGAAAAGGAUGACUUAACAUUUAAUCAGUCCACUGGCUCGGGGCUUGUCAUUUAAUGUCAUUGUACUUUUUUUAGUUCUCAAAUCUGAAGCCAAAAUUAAGUAGCAGCUGUAGUUUAUUGAAGAUCUAUUAUUGUUAGAUAUUUCACCUUUUCAUAUCUAUAUUCUUAAUCUUUUUUACAUUUAGUUAGAAUUCAAUAAGAUUUAUUGGUGUUUGUAAAAGUAGUGUCAAUUUGCCAACAUAUGCUUUAUUAAUGUACUUUAUUGAUUAGUUUUGCUAACGUUUAACCAUUUUGAUCACUUUACAUACACACAAGAAAACCACCUACAGACAUGCAAAGUGGUUUCUUUUUUAAUUAAGGUCGCUUUAUCAUACACCCAACACAAACAGCUCUCCACAGGGAUCAUUGACCGAUUCAAUGGAAUUUGUUCGCACCAGUUCUUUGACUGGCUGCCACCUGGGAAGGAAAGAAAAAACACCCUUUUGUAGUUUUUUUUUUUUUUUCUUUUUUCGCAGAUUUUAAUAAAGUGUUCAAGCUCUGUUUAAGAA